AUGGCCAUGGAGGAGGCCGCGCAGGAGGUGCGGCGCAUCCUCUGCCACAAUGACGUGGCGGAGACACUGAACUAUCUUUCGACGAUAACGCGGUGCAUCGAGGACAACCAGCACGACCUUCGUGCGGUUAUCGGCAGCUCAUAUCGAGAUCUCCUCGGCGCCUGCGAUGGCGUGGUGGGGAUGGAGCGGGACUGCGCCGACAUCCUGAUCAUUGAAGAGGCAAUGGAACGGGCUAGUGCGGCACGUGAUGUAGACGGCCGCGGCAACGCUGAGGUGGACACAGGCCCGCUUCUACCGCCCUCAUGGUUUGCCGCGCGCCUUCGGCGACAGAGGCGUGCAGCCGCGGCUGAACUCGCAACCACCGCCGACAGCAAUACCGCCUCGAGCGAUAAAACGGCGCGCCUGUCGGCGGCGGCGGAUCCUGGCGCGAACAGGAAGAGGAAGACAGAGUUCAACGCUGCGCCGGUGCUGCCAACCGUCGACUUACCCUUGCCAUCCGCGGCGCCAACGCACACGAGCACAAGGUGCGCGCAUCAGAAUGCUGUGGUGGUGGACGAAGAUACAGGCCCAGCCGCUCUCGCGGCGCAGCGGAUGCGCUUGGACGAUGAGCUGCAGGCGUUGCACCUCGAUUACAUGACGCUGGCGGCAGCAACAGCCUCGAUGGUGCGGGGCGCAGCGGCGGUCGAUGCCGAGCUGUCGAGCCUCCUCGCCGCCUCCAGCGCACUUGCGUCUUUCUUGCUUCCUGCGCACCAACAUGAUGCGCAGCAGGAGCGUCACUGCCCAGGUCGUUUGCACCACGUGGCGAGUGAUGCCGCCGCACUCUCUGCGGCAAGCGGGAAAAAGCGCGAGGACCUUCUGUGCGCCCUGGAGCGAGAUCUCCCCCUUGUCCGUCUUGCGCGUCGGCUGCACCGCGUGCAGGCGUCCCUUCGCGCCUACUCAGGUGGCAACGGCGGCGCACAGUCGUCCCCGUGCAUCAGCGACGCCGCCACCGCAUCGUCAGCGGCGCUCGCCGGCGUAAGCGUUUAUAGCAUGCUCCGCUCAGCUAACUGGCCUCCGUCGUGGGCCACCGGCUUUCAGCGACGAGCGACGGCCCUCGAGGCGCGACUGGUUAAGUUGAUGUUGCUGCGUCUGCGCCGUGCGGCGGACGACUACGCGUCGCUUGCCGAGCAGGUGUCGAGGGCUCCAUCCGGGGCUGACCUGGGGGAACCCUUGUCGGCGGCGAGGACUAUGCGAGCUGCAGAAAACCGCCAUCUGGUGUACGUGUGGGUGAUCUUUGCGCAGUGCCACGUCGCUCUGCGGGCGCUUGCCGACUCACCUACGCUCGUGGACGCCCUCGUGGCGUGUGCGCCAGGUGCAGCACUGCCGGCGACGCGUGUGUCUCCGUCAGGGAUACCAGGCACGGAGUCUGCGGCAGCGACCCCGACAAUGGCAUCACUGGAUAGCGCUGUGGAUGCGUUGUGCCAGCUGGCUACGCAGGACGUGAGGAGCGUCGUUUCGGCGGUCCUGGGCGGAGCGGCGUCGGUCGCCUCCGCGCCUGCUGGUCGCAUGGCUGGCGAUGAGGUGCUUCCCAGUGCCGCUGAUCCGUGCCGGAUGCUGCUGGCGUUUUUGGCGGUGUUGCUGCUGCGCGAGAGUCGACUGAGCGCGGCGCGGUGGGCUGCUGUGGCGCCGUCGUUAUUGCCGGCUGCGCUCCCGAGCUCCGGCGCGCAGCCGGCAGUAACGACGGCGGAUGCUUCUCCGCAGCCGCCCUCCGUGCUCUCUGACGGCAGCGUAGGACACCAGAGCACGGGCGCCGCGGUGGGCCGCACAUCGAGCCGCGCUAAGUUCGAGGGCGAUGGGCCGCCGUCAUGGCACACGGCGACUUCGCCUGAGGCGCGCGUCUUUGCGACCGCCGCGCACCUAUCGGCGCUGGGGCUAGCGGCGGCGACAGCCAACCGUCCCACGGCUUCGACAACGGCAUCUGUGGUGGCGGGCAACCGAACGUCAAACACGGCUUGGGCCUUGCGGUGUUUCUCCGGCCUCGCGUAUCUCCUUCGAGCCUUUGCCGACUACGUCGAUCUGGUGCAGGCCGCCUUGGCUGAGGUGGCCUCCACGCCAGCGGUGCUUGAUGAGGAAACGGCCGCUCUAUACUGGCUGCACCGCAUCUGUCUGGCGGAUGGGGCGGGGUCCGAGGAGCCGCUCGGGGCCACUGACCACGGCAACAGCGCCGCCGCUCUCGCGCGCCAAGAGGACGAACGGCCGUCCUUCCCCACCCUUGCCCUUGCUCCUGGUGCGCGGUCGCUGGAUGAGCUGCUGCAGUGGCGCUUACGCAAGGUCUGCGGGAGCGUUGCUGCCAGCGGCGUGCCUGGGGACGGCCCCGGCACCCCACACGGCUCCCUCAUGGCGGCGGGCACCAGCGUCCUGGCACCGCCUAUCGACAGAAACGGCACGCCGGUGAUGCCGAUGGGCGACCCUGACAGCGUCACGUCGGGACAGGUGGCUUCUGGGGCGGCGCCGUCGCAGUCAGGAGCGGUGGCUCGACGGCGUGCGUAUGUUGAGCUACUCCGGGCGAGCGCGAACACAGCUGACGAGUUGCAGGCGAGCGGCGCGUCAUCCGUGACCUUGGGCGAGCGCUCGCUUUCCGUCCGCGCAGAUGUCGCCGUGACGGAAAACAUGUCUGCCACCCCCGGAGCAACAGAUUUGGUUCCACCGCUGCGGCUUGUGUGCCAUCAGCUGCUCGCGCCCUUCGUGUCGUCGCUGGUGGUGCUGCUCGCACGCGAUCCGGUGGCGCUGACGGUGUACAGUGAAGGUGGCCAGAGAAGCCCGGACACCAGGCCUGCGAUGCAAGCGGCGCGCGUCGCUCUGGAACGACUACUGCAAAACGCCACGCAGCAGUGUUCGAUGUCUGGCACGCAGGGCACCCGGAUGCCAUCUAGCUUCUCCGGCCUAGGGCAGACAUGGGCGGCCGUCAAUGCGGCGGGGUGGUGGGAGCUGGUGGAGCAGACGACCAUGCGCGCGGCGCUGCAGAGGUGCGUGACCGUUGCCUUGGAGUCUGUCAGCUUUCUGGAGGCGUGUAUUUCACAGGGCCUAGCAGCCUCUGCAUACCGCAUGCUACAGGGCAGUGUUGAGGGCAGCCACACCGAGCUUGAGCAUUAUGUAAGCAGCGUCGGCGGAGGCGGCGACACUUCUCGCGGCCCCACCAGUGCAUCAGCGCUAGAGCGCACAUGGUCUGCGCUCUUCUCCGUACUUCGCCUGCAUGCGCUCUCGGCCGUGGACUCGGUGAGUGGCGCCGGUGGGGCACGUUCCCUUGAAGGGGCUGAGAUAUCCGGUGUUACGGAGACGGGGCACGGUGCCGUUCAUGGCUUUGAUGGGGCCACCACCUCAGUGCCGGUCAGCGGACACACUGGACGCCGUGGCGAGAGGGGCAGCCUGUCGUCCGCGAUGACUGGCAUCUGCUGGGACCGUUUCCGGCCGCGAGCAGCAACCGGAGCCGCUGGCAGCGCACACAAGUCGUUCUGCACGACGUCAGGCGAAGGCAUUUUUUGCGAAGAAGGGCUGGAGUGGGGCCGCGCAGAAUACCAGGCGGCGCAAUUGCCUCUGUCAGUGUUGCCCAAUGCGACGAACACGGAGAGGACGGAGCAGCAGCAGCAGACUCGGGGCGCCGCAGCCGUCGACGCUGCACUGAGCGCCUCGCAGCAGGCGCAGCUCGCGAGGCUGUUAAGUGGCAUGCGGGACAGGCUCUUUCAGGACUGGGUAGUGAGUUGCAGUGAUGAGCACGAAACAACGAGGAGCACGCGACCGGGCGUUCUUCACAUGAACGGCCACGCUGCGGAGCUGCUGCAUCGGUGUCUGCUGACACUCGUAGAGGCGGUGCAGGCGCAGACUGCCUCGGUGCAGGCAUCGGCUAGUAAGAGCAGUGCAAGGUCACCGCCGUCAACGCCGCCGCUGCUGCACAUGCGCAUCGUGGAGUGGCUAAAGGAUGCUCUUCAUCGUGUAGCGACGCAGCUGCGCAAUGCCGAGCCACGCGCAUCCCCCAACGGGGCUAAGGCGGCAGUGGUGCACAGCUACGAGCUGUCGCUCCUCGUGCGCGUGUACUUGGAGGUGCUACAACGACUGCAGAUGGCGGCUCCGCCAAGUGAGGCGACGACGGUGCGGCAGCUUUGCACCGAGGCAGAGGAUCUCUACGAACAGGCUCAGGCGCCGUGGCAAGACAUGCUAACCCAGUUUUAUCGAGCGGCCCUUCAGCAAGCAUACAGCUUGGUGCUACGGCUGCGUGAGAGCGGGGCCGAGGAGCCGAGGCAGUCUGCAGCGGGCAGCGGUGCCAGUGCGGCGCUGCGUCGCAUGACGCACUUGAUGGGCUCGGCUGCGUGGGUUCGCGCGCCGAUGGCGGGCCCCAUCGCACCAGAUGGCAACAAUGCCAGCGGGAGUCACGGGGUCGCCUAUCCGGCGCAGCCUACUCCCGCCGUCAUGACGCUGACCCAGGCGGCCCUCCGCUACCUCCACCAGGCGCUGUACGGUGCGCCAAGCGUGUUCAGCGACUCGCCGGUGCCCUUCAUGUCGUGUCCAUCUUGCACUGGAGCUGCGUACGGCGCUGCUUCUAUAGCAGAGCAAGGGCAGAGUGGCGCCGCCUCAGCAGCAGCGUCGACAGACUUUUGGGGCGACAGGGGAUGCCGCUUGCACGUGUUGGUGACAGAGAAGGUGCAGCAGCGUGCGCUGGAACGGCUUGCCGCGACAUCGGCGGAGCUCUACGAAUCCGAGCUCUGCCCCCUCGUCGACGUGGUAGGCGGGAGCGGUGACAGCGGAGUUGCGGCACUUGUAAGCGCGCUGCCAGCGGGGAACGCUGCGCCCGCCACCGCUGCCGCCACGCAGAACCAGGCGGAUGACCUGCGCUUGCAGUGGUACAUGGAUAUACUUUUCACUUCCUCCGUGUGGUGUGCAGAGAGCGUGAGCGCGGGUGGCGGCGGCGGCAGCGGCGGGGCCGGGUUCUUCGCGACAGCGAGAGACUCCCCCGUCAAGGCACUCUUUUGCCCCGACGCAGGGAGCAGCGGUGUUGGUGUUGACGCCGCUGCGUGUGUGGCGGAAGGACCUUUGCGGCGGGUCGUGCGCCACCUCGAGGGCACGUGCGAUCCGCUGCGCUGGCGCAGCGGGACGCCGCUUGCUCUUGCCGCGUAUCGUCAGUUUAUCUCGGCUAGCGCACUCCUGUGGGUGGCGCACAGCGAGGAGCCCCUGGAUGGCGAUGCGGGCGACACACGCAACGAGGGAGCGCCCUGCGCUACCUCGGUGGCUGCUGCCGCAGCGUCACGACCGUUUAGCACCGCCGGCGCGAUGGCUGACGCGCCCGUCUUGACGGAGAAGCUUCUCCUUCCACGUGAGCGGGUGAACCGACUCGCGCUGCUGCCGAUUGCGGUGUCGUCGAGCGCGGCGCUGGCUGCCGCCUCUGUAGGGGCCGGUGGCACGCCGUCCGCGGCUGCUGCGUGUGCUGCAGCCCUCGUCCCGCAGGCUUACUCGCUUCUACCCCCGACCGCGUUGGCGUUGAAUCCGUAUGCGCCCUUCUCGUCUUCGUCCGUUGGCGUGCCGCCCACAGGGUCGUAUCGCCUUGGCGGUCCUUUGUCUGCGCUUGCUGCUGCUGCGGCGGCGGGGGCCAGCGGUGGCCACGACGCUUCGGCGGCCUUGCUGCUCGGCGGCGUUGGUACAGCGGACAUGAUCGGGGUAGGCGAGGUUGCCGUCCCGGCGGGCUCGAGCUCGGCGGCGGCGGCAGCCAGUUCACUAUGGGGCACCACCCAACGAGGAUGGAAUCAGCUGUGGGGCACGAGCUGA